CUGCUAAACAUGCAGUCUGAUAAGCAUAGUAUCCAAUGAUUGCUCGUUGUCUUUCGAGAUCGGGCAACGACGUCGUCAUUCGUCCACAAUCCAUGUGCAACGAGGUUCGGCUCCAGUCCCUGACAUGUUCUGGAUCGAGAUCAACAGAACACCGUUCCCAAGGAUUCUCUCCUGACCUGAGAGGCGUUCGCUCAUUGAGGUGUUGGGGACCAGUCCUACUGAUUGCUCUCCCUGAACUCUGGGUUGCCGAUGGUUGGUCCCGACCAUCAGCACAGCCAUGUGGCUCCUACGCGAGCACGCAAUUCACUGAUAUGCGCAGAAAUGGAUAUGCACGUCACACUAUCUACACCGUGGGAGCCGAUCUUUCGUUUCCUCGCCUAGAAGCGGCUCCGAUGCCGAUGAGUAUAAGGAGCCAAGAAAAGGCCGUAUUCGAUUUAUCUUAGCAGUCCUCACAAAAGUCCUUUGACCGAUUCACCGUCGUCACGAGGACAGCUAUGGCGCAAACUCCUCCAAGCUUUGGCUCAUCGGAGCCGAAGUUGACCUACGACCUCAAGGGCGAGACGCUGCCAGAUACUGUCCCAGUCGAAGACGGUCUUAGUUCCGGAAGCAACUCAAUUGCUGAGGACAAAACCUUUUUGCGUGUGGCUGGCGAGGACACAUACGUGCCCAUUGAAAAGUACGAAGGACGCCAUCGCUGGGAUCCGGAAUUUCAGUGGGACCCGAUUGAAGAGAAGAGGCUCGUGCGAAAGAUAGACCUCAGAAUUUGUUCAUGGGUCUGUCUUACAUUUUUUGCCCUGCAGCUCGACCGGGCCAACAUCGUGCAAGCCUUGAGCGACAACAUGCUGGACGACCUCAAUUUGAACACCAACGACUACAACUACGGACAGACCAUCUUCUACCUGUGCUUCCUUGCGGCCGAGCUGCCAUCACAAUUAAUAUCAAAGAAGCUGGGCCCUGACCGUUGGAUACCGAUCCAGAUGAUCAGUUGGAGUCUCGUCGCCAGCUUUCAAGCCUUUCUGAGUGGUAAAUCAUCCUUCUACGCCUGUCGUGCAUUGUUGGGCUUAAUUGAGGGCGGCUUCAUACCAGAUACCAUUCUGUAUCUCAGUUACUGGUACAAGGGCCGAGAACUCCCGGCUCGUUUGUCGUGGUUCUGGACUUCAUAUCAAGCUACCAGCAUUGUGGGUGCGUUUCUGGCAGCGGCAAUCCUCUGCAUGCGCGGGAUCAACGGCCUCGCAGGCUGGAGAUAUCUCUUCGCCCUCGAAGGUACAUUGACUGGGUUGAUUGGGAUUGCAACAUACUUUUAUAUGCCGCCUUCGCCAUGUCAGACUGCUUCACGCUUCCGUGGGAAGCAUGGAUGGUUUAGCGUUAGGGAAGAGAAGAUCAUGGUCAAUCGCAUUCUCCGUGACGACCCUUCCAAAGGCGACAUGCACAAUCGGCAGGCUGUCACACCCAAAUUACUCUGGUAUGCAUUGUGCGAUUGGGAAAUGUGGCCAAUCUAUCUCAUCGGCCUUUCCUUCCUUAUCGUCAACUACCCUGCCACACAGUAUCUGUCCUUGAUCUUGAAGCAAUCCUUCAGUCGUUUCGAAGUCAACAUGUUGACCAUCCCGUCAUACGUCCUGUUCAUCAUCAACCUCCUGUUCUUCACCUGGGUAUCCGAAAAGACCAAUCAGCGCUUCCUGACCGGUCUGGUCAGUCAGAUCUGGGCGCUGCCAUUGCUCAUUGCUUCCGAACUACUCCCGGCGUCGGCCUCCAAAUGGGCCAAGUAUACCUUGGUGACGCUACUUGUCGGCACGCCAUACGUCCAUGCCAUUCAUGUGGCCAUUACCAGCCGCAACGCCGGCUCAGUACGGACGCGGACUGUCGCGUCGGCACUGUACAACAUGUUUGUGCAAGCUAGCAAUAUCAUUGGGUCAAAUAUCUAUCGCAACGAUGACAAGCCGAUGUAUCGGCGGGGCAAUAAAAUCCUCAUCGCCAUCUGCGUCUACAAUAUCGUCCUGUUUGUCUUUGGGAAAUGUUUCUAUGUCUGGAGGAACAAAGUUCGAGAUCGCAGAUGGAGUUCCAUGACUGAGGCUGAACAACGAGAAUAUCUUGCAACAACCACCGACGAGGGCAAUAAGAUGUUGACCUUCCGAUUCGCACAUUGAGCCCUGUCGUUUGGAAGUGUACAUAGUACGAAAGAGAACACCUAGAAAUGGUCGGCGGCCAAGAUCUGGGAUCGAAGAGAGUCUUGCUAGCAUGAGGCUUUGCAGAUAUGAGCGGCAUCGUAGCACUCUAUAUUAGGAUUGCCAGUCUCAGCUCUGAAAGAGUCUUCUUGAGUGAGAAGUACCUACCCAGGAAUAUAUAUCGAGUCCGCUUCAAGAACAGCAAAGGAUGAGGUCAGCAUGGUGGCAUCAUUUCCUUUUUGCGUCUCCACUGCGUCCUAUUCUAGAUGAGCGUGUCUAUCAUUCGACAUAGCGAAUGGG